AGGCGCAGAUCUACGCAACUACCAUAUGUCUGGAAGAGAUUUUAAAAAGUGACUCAGUGAGGAAACAGUGCGAAAAAGAUGGGAAAGAAACAGAAAAACAAGAGCGAGGAUAAUGCCAAAGAUGAUAUUGAUAUUGAUGCACUGGCAGCUGAGAUUGAGGGAGCAGGAGCUCCCAAACCUAAAGCAGUUAGCAAAAAGAAGAAAAAGGAUUUUGAGGAAGAUGAUAUUCUAAAAGAAAUUGAAGAACUUUCUUUAGAGAUCCAUGGAACAAAGGAUCAUAAAGAAUCAGCUAAAUCUUCAGCAAAAAAAGAAGAAAAAGAUGAUGAAUCUGAACCAGUCAAUAAAAAGCAAGAUAGGAAGAAAAAGAGCCUGAAAGUCCCAAAAACUAGUUUUGAAGAUGAUGAAGUGGAGGUUGAAGAGUUUGGGCAACCAAAAGCUGAAGGUCAAAAGCAAAAAUCUGAACAAUCCGAUGAUAAUGAAUCAGGGGAGAAAACUAAAGGGAGGACCCAGAAUCUUGUGCAAAAGCAAGAGCUUUCAGAAGAUGAGGAAGUCGAAACUACGAAUUAUCAAGCAAAUUCAGUCAGUGAUGAGGAAUCUGAUGAGUUUCCUCAAAACAAAAAAAAUAAGAAUCAAAAAGGUAAUCAGCCUAAGAAAGAUGAAAGUGAAGGGGAAAAUGAAGGAGAUUCCAGAUUCAAACUAAAAACAGCUGCACAAAAGAAAGCAGAAAAGAAAGAACGGGAACGCAAGAAGCGUGAGGAGGAAAAAGCUAAACUUCGUAAGCAGAAAGAAAAAGAGCAGGAAGUUAAACCGCAGAAAGCUGAAACUGAACGUCUUUCUAAAAAUGUUUCUGAGAGAACAGAUGUUACUCCAGUUCCUGAUGUUAUGGGAAUAGAAGACACUACAGGUGCAGAAGGUGAAGAAAAUGAUGGAGAGAAAAAGAAAAAAGACAAAAAGAAAAAGAAAGAAAAAGAUGAAAAAGAGAAGAAGAAAGCAGGUCCCAGUAAGGCUACAGUAAAAGCUAUGCAAGAAGCACUUGCAAGAUUGAAAGAAGAGGAAGAAAGGCAAAAAAGAGAGGAAGAAGAACGUUUAAAACGGUUGGAAGAACUGGAAGCCAAACGCUUGGAGCAGGAGAAACUAGAACAGGAACGCAGAGAAAAGAAGAAACAAAAAGAAAAAGAAAGAAAAGAACGUUUGAAGAAGGAGGGCAAACUGUUGACAAAGGCCCAAAGAGAUGCCAAAGCAAGAGCUGAAGCUACCCUUGAACUUCUUCGCGCUCAGGGUGUUGAUGUGCCAUCCAAAGAUUCAAUGCCAAAGAAACGACCAGUCUAUGAUACCAGAAAAAAGAAAAAGCAGCAAGAGAACAAAGGAGAGGAGAACAAAGGAGAGGAAAACAAAGAAGAAGCUUUGGAGGUCAUCUCAACCCCAGGACAUGAAGAACUUGAACUGGAGAUGACUGAGGCACCAGAAGUGAUUUCAGAACCCACGCCAGAACUUGAAGAGAAAAAGGGUGAUGCUGAUCUUGAUGAUUGGGAAGCUAUGGCAAGUGAUCAUGAACAAGAGAAAGAAAUGAAAACUGUCCACAUUGAAGUAAAAGAGGAGGCUGAAGAGGAGGAGGAUGAGGAGGAGGACGAGGAGGAGGAGGAAGAAGACAGUGAUGAUGAUGGAGCAAGUGAGGAGAGCGAAGAUGAAGAGGAAGAGAAAGGUUUUGAUGAAACCAGGACAUCAGAGAGAGUGGGCAAAGAACCUGAAGUGGUAAAGAGUGAGAAAAUGAAAUUGACAAAAGAAUUUAGCUCUGAUUCUGAGCUUGAAUCUGAUUCAGAUGAUGGCCGAACAAAAGAAGAACGAAUUUAUGAUGAAGCGAAGCGACGUAUUGAGAAACGCAGAGCAGAAAACUUCACGAAUAUAAACACUGAAAAACUCCGAGCACCAGUUAUUUGUGUUCUUGGGCAUGUUGACACAGGAAAGACCAAAAUUUUGGAUAAGCUCCGUCAUACUCAUGUGCAGGACAGUGAAGCAGGUGGUAUAACUCAGCAGAUCGGUGCAACCAAUGUCCCUCUGGAAACCAUCAAGGAGCAAACUAAGAUGGUGAAAAAUUUUGAGAGAGAUGAAAUUAAAAUACCAGGAAUGCUGAUCAUUGAUACGCCGGGUCAUGAAUCCUUCAGCAACUUAAGAAAUAGAGGAAGUUCUCUCUGUGAUAUUGCCAUCCUUGUCGUUGAUAUUAUGCAUGGUUUGGAGCCACAGACAAUAGAAUCCAUUAACCUGCUAAAAACAAAAAAAUGCCCCUUUAUCGUUGCACUGAAUAAGAUUGACAGGCUGUAUGAUUGGAAGAAAAGUCCCGAUACGGAUGUGGUUGCCACAUUAAAGAAGCAGAAGAAGAACACAAAAGAUGAAUUUGACGAGAGAGCUAAAUCCACUAUUGUGGAAUUUGCACAGCAGGGUCUCAAUGCUGCUUUAUUCUUUGAGAACAAAGAUCCACGUACAUUUGUGUCCUUGGUCCCUACAUCAGCUCACACUGGGGAUGGCAUGGGAAAUCUUAUUGCAAUGCUGGUGGAACUGACCCAGACUAUGCUUGCUAAGAGACUAGCAUAUUCAGUGGAGUUAAGAGCUCAAGUUAUGGAGGUAAAAGCACUUCCUGGAAUGGGAACGACUAUUGAUGUGAUUCUAAUCAAUGGUAAUAUGAAGGAAGGAGAUACUAUUAUUGUCCCUGGUGUUGAAGGCCCUAUAGUUACACAGAUCAGAGGUCUCCUGUUACCACCACCUCUCAAAGAAUUGAGAGUAAAAAAUCAGUAUGAGAAGCAAAAGGAAGUCUGGGCUGCACAAGGUGUGAAAGUUCUUGCUAAAGAUCUGGAGAAAUCCCUUGCAGGUUUACCACUAUUAAUAGCCCACAAGGAUGAUGAAAUAGCGGUCCUAAAGGAUGAACUAGAACAUGAACUGAAGCAAACACUGAAUUCUAUUAAACUUGAGGAAAAAGGUGUUUAUGUACAAGCCUCUACAUUGGGCUCUUUGGAGGCACUCUUAGAAUAUCUUCGGGCAUCAAGUGUGCCUUAUGCUGGAAUUAACAUUGGACCUGUCCAUAAGAAGGAUGUGAUGAAAGCUUCAGCAAUGCUUGAGCAUGACCCUCAGUAUUCAGUUAUUCUUGCUUUUGAUGUGAAGAUUGAACGAGAUUCCCAGGAACUUGCCGACACCCUUGGCGUCAGGAUCUUCAGUGCAGAAAUUAUCUACCAUUUAUUUGAUGCUUUCACAAAAUACAGACAAGAUUACAAAAAGCAAAAGCAAGAAGAAUUCAAGCAUGUAGCUGUUUUUCCUUCAAAACUGAGAAUUAUCCCUCAAUUCAUUUUCAAUUCUCGGGAUCCAAUUGUAAUGGGAGUUGCUGUGGAAGCUGGCCUUCUGAAACAAGGCACCCCAAUGUGUGUUCCUUCAAAAAAUUUUAUCGAUAUUGGAAUUGUUACUAGUAUUGAAGUGAAUCAUAAACAAGUUGAUGUUGCCCGGAAAGGCCAAGAGGUCUGUAUUAAAAUAGAACCCAUACCUGGAGAAUCACCAAAAAUGUAUGGACGGCACUUUGAAGCUACAGACUUCCUUGUCAGUAAGAUCAGCCGACAGUCCAUUGAUGCCUUGAAAAACUGGUUCAGAGAUGAGAUGCAGAAGUCUGAUUGGCAGCUUGUCAUGGAACUGAAGAAAAUAUUUGAAAUUAUCUAACUAAUGCCGUUUGUUUCCUUUUCAAAACUUCAGCAGUGGGAGGACUGUGUGUGAUUUGAGGUCUGUGCCUGAACAGGACCUAUUAUUAAGCCACGCUGGACUGCUGAGAGUCAGAAUCCAGAGUAAAAAGUGGUUAUAGCUAGUAAACGUUUUCCAUGACAAACCAAAACUCUUGCACUGGUUUGACAGUGAUCAGUUUUACAUAUUACUACAGUUCUCAACGUGCCUGUUUUUUUUCCUUCCUGUCUCCACCGCUGCCCCC